AUGUUCACCAAGAAGAAGAAGUCGCGCAUCCAGAUCUCGGCGCCGUCCAACUUCGAGCACCGCGUGCACACCGACUUUGACGAGCAGGAGCAGAAGUUUGUGGGCCUGCCUCGCCAAUGGCAGUCACUCAUCGAGGACACGGCCAAAAGGCCCAAGCCCUUUAUCGACGCGACAGUCAUCACCACGGUGGACCCGCACAAGAGCAUCGUGCGCGGCAACAAGCUGGGGGUAGACGGCUCGCUGACCUGGCUUCUGGACGAGUUUGACACCAUGUCGGUGACUCGUUCCAAUUCGCUGCGACGGGGAAGCCCUCCCGUGCAGCCUCGCCAAGAGAAUGGGGACCCCCACCAGCGACAUCUCUCGCAGUCCGACAGGUAAGUGAAAAAAGAAUUAAAAAAAAAAAAAGAUUUGGAGGUGAUCUCUGUUUUCAAUCAUAGAGAGCGCUCCAGGCCAGACCACCAGAGCAGUCAGCUCCCCUUCCGUGGCUCCCAGCGAGACGACGGGGUCCACACGCGGCCUCAGCAGCAGCCUCGAGGCCAAGAGCCCGUAAGGGUCAACAGGGACAGACCAGGUUCUGGUCCCCCGCCGCCACCUCCCCACAGAGACCGAGAUCAUCGACACCAGAACCAGGUAAGACUCCGGAUGGAUCAGGUGGUCCGCCGCGAUCCGCACCCCGAUCACAGGCCCAAGUCAGGAUAUCAGGCUCGGGAUGGCAGCCCCCAGUCUCCUAGGGAAAAGCGGCCCCUUUCCGGGCCCAAUAUCCGCACCCCGAACCUACCGGUGACCGACGGAGUGAUGAAGACGGCGCAACAGACGGCAAGGCCGUUUAACACGUACCCCCGGGCGGAGAGCGACGGGGGACGCAGCCCCACUGGCCCGCCGACGCACCCGCACGAGUCCUCCCCUCAAAACGGCCCCUCCGUCCCCCGCCGAGGUUCUUCUGGGUCCAAGCCCCCCGCGGGCCACCCUCACCACACAUCAUCGCAUCCCAGCUUGACGCCCGAGGCCGGGCGGUACCCACACACCCCUCACCCCGACGUGCCGGCCCCGCGGCCACCGGAAGCCCGCUCCCCGCAGAGGGAGCCGCAGCGUGUUUCCCACGAGCAGUUCAGAACGGCUCUACAGAUGGUGGUGGAUCCCGGCGACCCACGCACUUACUUGGACCACUACAUUAAGAUCGGCGAGGGGUCCACGGGGAUCGUGUGCAUCGCCACCGUCAAGACUACGGGUAAAUUGGUCGCCGUGAAGAAAAUGGACCUGAGGAAGCAACAGCGCAGAGAACUUCUCUUCAACGAGGUUGUGAUCAUGCGCGACUACCACCACGAGAACGUUGUGGAAAUGUACAACAGCUACCUGGUGGGUGAUGAGCUCUGGGUAGUCAUGGAGUUCCUGGAGGGGGGCGCACUUACCGACAUUGUGACGCAUACUAGGAUGAAUGAGGAACAGAUCGCCACAGUGUGUCUCUCCGUCCUAAAGGCCUUGUCAGUGCUGCACACGCAGGGCGUCAUCCACCGCGACAUCAAAAGCGACUCCAUCUUGCUCACGCAUGACGGCCGGGUGAAGCUGUCUGACUUCGGUUUCUGUGCUCAAGUGUCAAAGGAAGUGCAGCGUAGGAAGUCUUUGGUGGGUACGCCGUACUGGAUGGCGCCUGAGCUCAUUUCGCGUCUUCCUUAUGGACCCGAGGUGGACAUCUGGUCGUUAGGCAUCAUGGUGAUCGAGAUGGUGGACGGGGAGCCGCCGUACUUCAACGAGCCGCCACUCAAGGCCAUGAAAAUGAUCCGAGAUAACCUGCCACCUAAACUCAAGAACCUGCACAAGGUGUCUCCGGUGUUGAAGGGCUUCCUGGACCGCAUGUUGGUGCGCGAGCCGUCCCAGCGCGCCUCGGCCGGGGAGCUGCUGAAGCACAGCUUCCUGAGCAAGGCCGGACCACCGUCCUGCAUCGUGCCCCUCAUGAGGCACAACCGCAUGAGAUGA